CCACCGAGCGGUAAUCAGCGUCUGUCCUGAAGACACAUAAUGCACGGGGGAAAGAGAGGACUGGUGGCUCCGCAGAACACUUUUCUGGAAAAUAUUGUCCGACGCUCCAGCGAGACCAGUUUCCUUCUGGGAAACGCACAGAUCAUGGAGUGGCCCGUUGUCUACAGCAACGAUGGAUUCUGCAAGCUGUCUGGAUAUCACAGAGCUGAGGUCAUGCACAGGAGCAGCACGUGCAAUUUCAUGUAUGGUGACCUGACUGAUAAAAGGACCAUAGACAAAAUCAAACAAACCUUUGACAGCUAUGAGUCCAAUUUCUAUGAAGUGCUACUCUAUACAAAAGAUGGAACACCGAUAUGGCUGUACAUGCAGGUGGCUCCAAUCAGAAACGAAAAUGACAAGGUGGUGCUUUUCCUCUGUACCUUCAGAGACAUUACACUUUUCAAACAGCCGAUUGAAGAUGAAUCAACAAAGGGAUGGACGAAGUUUGCCAGACUGACCCGAGCACUGACCAACAACCGUAACCUGGUGCAGCAGUUAGCACCACUGAGCAAGAAUGAGGUCAGCCACAAGCCUUCCCGACUGGCUGAGGCUCUCCAGCUGGGAUCAGAUAUUCUCCCUCAGUACAAACAAGAGGCCCCAAAGACCCCUCCACACAUCAUCCUCCACUACUGCGCCUUCAAGACCACUUGGGACUGGGUCAUCCUCAUCCUCACUUUCUACACUGCCAUCAUGGUGCCCUAUAACGUCUCCUUUAGGACCAAGCAUACCAAUUUGCCUUGGCUGGUGCUGGACAGCGUAGUGGACGUCAUCUUCCUGACUGACAUUGUGCUCAACUUCCACACGACGUUCGUCGGUCCCGCCGGAGAGGUCAUUUCAGACGCGAAGCUGAUUCGAAUGAACUAUCUGAAGACGUGGUUUGUCAUUGAUUUGCUGUCCUGCCUGCCCUAUGAUAUCAUCAAUGCAUUUGAAAAUGUAAAUGAGGGUGUCGUCACAUCUGCCUCUUCAACAAGUCAUCUCCGGGAAUCUUCAAAUUUCCACAGAAAUACCACACGGACAGAAGACUCCCUGCUACCGGGUCUAAGUAGCCUCUUCAGCUCUCUAAAGGUGAUCCGCCUGCUCCGUUUGGGCCGAGUGGCCCGGAAGUUGGACCACUAUCUGGAAUACGGAGCAGCUGUUCUGGUUCUGCUGGUGUGUGUGUUUGGCCUGGUGGCCCACUGGCUGGCCUGCAUCUGGUACAGCAUUGGGGACUACGAGGUCAUCGAUGAGACCACCAACACCAUUAAAAAUGAUAGCUGGCUCUACCAGCUGGCCCUGAGUAUAGGAACUCCUUACCACUACAACGACAGCGGCACAGGUCAGUGGGAAGGUGGCCCCAGUAAGGGCACUCUGUACAUCUCUUCUCUCUACUUCACCAUGACAAGUCUCACCACCAUUGGAUUUGGCAACAUCGCUCCUACCACAGAUGGUGAGAAGAUUUUCUCCGUGGCUAUGAUGAUGGUGGGCUCGCUGCUGUACGCGACCAUCUUUGGAAAUGUCACCACCAUCUUCCAGCAGAUGUACACUAACACAAACCGCUACCAUGAGAUACUCAACAAUGUGCGCGACUUCCUCAAACUUUAUCAGGUUCCCAAAGGCCUGAGUGAGAGGGUCAUGGACUUUGUCGUCUCCACCUGGGCCAUGUCUAAGGGCAUUCGAGGGGUUCUGGCAAUUUGUCCCAAAGACAUGCGUGCAGAUAUCUGCGUCCACCUGAACAGACAGGUGUUCAACGACCACCCAGCGUUUCGUCUGGCCAGCGACGGCUGUCUGCGCUCUCUCGCUGUGGAGUUUCAGACCACACACUGUGCACCUGGAGACCUCAUUUUUCACAUCGGAGAGAGCAUUGACACCCUUUGCUUUGUAGUCUCUGGGUCGCUCGAAGUCAUCCAGGAUGAGGAGGUCAUCGCAAUAUUAGGUAAAGGCGACGUGUUUGGAGAUGUGUUCUGGAAAGAGACCACGCUGGCCCGAGCUUGCGCAAACGUCCGAGCCCUAACCUACUGCGAUCUUCACGUCAUCAGGAGAGAGGCUCUGAUGAGGGUGUUGGAGUUUUACACAGCAUUCGCCAGCUCCUUCUCCCGCAACCUCAUCCUCACCUGCAACCUACGGAAACGGAUAAUCUUCAGAAAGAUUGCUGAUGUGAAGAGGGAGCAGGAGUGCCAGCAGAGCGAGGUGACUCUGUCUAUCCCUGAGGACCAUCCAGUCCGUAAGCUGUUCCAGAGGUUCAGACAGCAGAGAGACGCACAAACACUGGGAGAGUCUCACACCUAUUCUGAUCACAACUGUGUGCAAGUUGAGCCUGAGCAGCACCACCACACCGAGUCAUACUCUUAUACACAGUGUCAGUCUGCAUCUCCUCAGCAGCAGGAGUACAGCUCCACUGUGCGAAAUAAUGCACCCUGCCCAGGAGGGGGGAGCACAGGCAGCGGAAGUAGCGGAAGUAGCAUGGCAGUUCCUCCACGAGCAUUUGUCCACUCUGAACAGUCAGAGAAGAACUGCACACAAGAGGUUAGGGAGUCCAUGUCAAGGGUUUGUGAAAAGAGUCAACUAUGUCAGAGAGUUAACAGCCUUGGUAGUGGUGCAGGUGGAGAGAGAGCUGCAGAUGGUGAUGACAGCAGCAGAGGUGCAAGUGGCUGGGCAAAGUUUAGAAAUGCCACAUCUGCUGCACCAGUGCCUCCUGCCUUUGAGCGAGAAAAGCAGACACAGACCUCAGAGGAGUGGUCCAAAGGAUCGCAGUCGUCCGAGCAGUUAGCAGCAGCCAACAAAUCAGAGGAACGUGGGGAGAUGGAGAGCACGGAGGGCGGCAACAGUGCAGGAGAAGCAGGCAAAGAAACAAGUGCCCUACACAAAACAGACUCCUGCGACAGUGGUUUUACAAAGAGCGAUCUACGUAUCGACAGAACUGGAGAUUCAAGAAGCUCCUUUGAGCGAAGCCCGAUGGAAAAGAGCCCGGUGGAGAGAAACCCGUUUGAACACAGUCUUGGUGUUGACAAGAUCUGCUUCAAACACUCUUUUGUACAGUCGGUGUCUGAGCAAGCGCUCGUUCCGGUGACACUCCAUGAGGCCAAGCUGGAGCUGAAGGGGGACAUUCAGAUCCUGAGUGGCCGGCUGUCGGUCCUCGAGUCUCAGGUGGGCGAGAUCCUCAGGUUGCUUUCGAUAAAAAGAAGACUCUCCCUGCCACCGGUUUCUUCUCCAAAGCAGAGAAUCAAAAGUCAAGACUCAGUCAGUGUCUCCAGGCCGGUCACACCGAAAACAGAUGAAGGGCCUUUUUGAAUGAACUGUUAAAAAGCCCACAACCUGAAUCUUUAAAAAACAAAACAAAACACAUUUUAUACAAGAAUCGUGCAUGUCCUGCUGGACUCUGUCCUGCCAAAGACAUUUCUUGCAUUAAACACUGUGUUGCAUGCAGAAAUCCAGUUCAUAUUGUAGCACGAAAAACCCAGGUUAUUUUUCUAACAGUCUUUGACUUAUGAGACACUUUAUGGUCCUGUGUGUACACGUAAGAAUACCAAGAAAGAAACUGGGGGAAAAAAAAACACAAAAACAUCUGUGGUGUUUGUACCAGGAAAUUGGAGCGUUUUUACUGGCUACAUAUCUCAAAUAAAAUACUCCAAUGAAGGCUCUUGUUGAAACAUGUUAGCCUGAUGGGAUGAUCAGUUCAAAUAUGGAUGAACUGAGAUCAGGUCUCCUUUUGUAAAAACAUGUUUUAAAUCUUUUUGUAAAGCCACCAUUUUUAUGACCUCCUUGGGCCUUUUUUCGGGAUGUUAAUUUAACCGGAAAGGCCACAGGCUAUUCGUUUUCACAGGAGUGACAGUGGCGACUUCCAGGUAUUAAUAUGUGCCUUACAAUAAUAAAGCCUCACUCAGACAAGUUUUGGUCACAGAAUAAACUCUUUUGGUUUUGGAUCUAAUGUUUUAUAUAGUAAAUGUUAAAUCUAUGAUAAAAAGUAAUAUAAAUACACGAUUAGGAUAUGAAACAAGAUCUGGAGGAAAAAUGAAAAUUUGAAUCUGUCACUUCGUCUUCGUUUCCUUUUACUAAUUGUUCAGUAAUUCUGUGUCUGAGCUUCGUUCCUAUGCAUGUAAAACAGGAAUAAGGAUGCAUUAAUGGUGGUUGAAUAAUAAAAUGUUUAACUUUUUAAAAAUCUUUAAAACAAGAUGCAAUUAGUUCAGUAGGUGGAUGCAACUCUGCCCCAGGUCUAUUGAGUUUCACCAUUUUAAACAGUGAUAUAUACUAUGUUUUAAAUCACAGUCGAUUUUAAAUGAUGGGUUACUACACACUGCUAUUCAAAUCUAAAUGAACUGACACUGGACUUUGUGAUGCAAAAAUGAUAAGAAAGAUGUAAAGCUGUAGUUAUGAAUGUUUUCUCAUUUUCUAUGUGACUGCCCAUGAUCCCAGUAGCAACUGUAAAGACGUAUGCAUGUGACUGUUCACCAAUGGAAUACAUGUAUUUUACAUUAGAUAUACAAACAACCUAGCAUGCAUCCAAGAGAACCUGUCAACAGUGAAAUGAAUAAUGAAACUGAUGCCUGCUCACCGUCUGCUGUUUAGUCUCCUCUGUUGUACAACACAAAA